AUGGAAAAUGGGAGCUCUACCUCUUAUUUCAUUCUCCUAGGCCUCUUUCACCACACCACAGCCCACCAAAUCCUCUUCAGGAUGGUUCUGAGUAUGGUUUUGACCUCCCUGUUUGGCAAUGCCCUCAUGAUUCUCCUGACUCACCGGGCGCGGCUCCACACGCCCGUGUGCUUCCUCCUGAGCCAACUCUCCCUCAUGGACAUGAUGCUGGUUUCCCCCACUGUGCCCAGAAUGGCUGCUGACUACUUGACCGGAAAUGAGGCCAUCUCCCCUGCUGGCUGCGGUGUGCAGAUCUUCUUCCUGCUCACCCUGGUGGGUGGAGAGUGCUUCCUCUUAGCAGCCAUGGCCUAUGACCGCUACGCGGCUGUCUGCCACCCACUCCGAUAUCCCCUGCUCAUGAGCUGGCAGCUGUGCCUGAGGAUGACCAUGUCGUCUUGGUUCCUGGGUGCAGCUGACGGGCUCCUGCAGGCUGUUGCUUCCCUGAGCUUCCCGUAUUGCGGGGCACAUGAGAUCGAUCAUUUCUUCUGCGAGGCCCCCGUGCUGGUGCGUUUGGCUUGUGCUGACACUUCAGUCUUCGAAAACGCCAUGUACAUCUGCUGUGUGUUAAUGCUCCUGGUGCCCUUGUCCCUCAUCCUGUCCUCCUAUGGUCUCAUCCUCGCCGCUGUUCUCCACAUGCGCUCUACAGAAGCCCGCAAGAAGGCCUUUGCCACCUGCUCUUCACAUGUGGCUGUGGUGGGACUUUAUGGAGCUGCCAUUUUUACCUAUAUGAGACCCGAAUCUCAUAGGUCCACUAACUACGAUAAGGUUGUGUCAGCCUUCUAUACUCUGUUCACCCCUUUGCUAAACCCCCUCAUCUACAGUGUGAGGAACAGUGAGGUCAAGGGAGCCCUGACAAGGUGUAUGGGUCAGUGUGUGGCCUUAAGUCAUGAAUAA